AUGGGUCAUCCUCCUUCGGGCAUGAUUACAGAUCAAUGUCUUGGAAUAUGCAAGGCAAUUGAAACAGUUUUUCCAGAAAUUCGGCACAGGUUUUGUAUUUGGCAUAUCUUGGACAAAGUUCCGGAGAAGUUGGGUCAAUUGGCUUAUAGAACGGAAUUUAUAAAAUCUUUCAAAGAAAAUAUUUGGGACUCCGACGAUGCUAGCUCUUUUGAAGAGAAUUGGGUUUCAAUUAUUAAGAAAAAUGGAUUGGAAAAGCAUGAUUGGCUAAAUGAUAUCUAUGAAAUUCGUGAAAAAUGGGCUCCUGUUUAUCAUAAACAAUACUUUUGGGCUGGCAUGUUUAGCAGUCAAAGAAGUGAAGGGAUGAAUGCAUUGCUAAAAAAACAUAUAUCAAGGAAAAAUUCACUUCAUGAUUUCGUGACUAUAUUUCAGAGGGUCUUGGCGAGACAAAGAGAGGGGGAGCUUAAAGAAGAUCAUUGCACAGUAGAGAAAAAGCCAAAAUUAAAGACUUUAUGGUCAAUGGAAAAACAAAUGGCCCAAAUCUACACGAAAAAAAUCUUUUAUAUUUUUCAAGACGAGCUUCAACCUAGCUUAAUGUAUAACAUUGAGCUAGUAAAAGAAAAUGAAAGAGAAAGUACUUUCCAAUUAAAUUUUUGUGGUCAUGAUGAAAAAUUGAGACAUAUUAUAUAUUGCAAAACAACUAAAAUGGUCCGUUGGUCGUGUUUCAUGUUUGAAUUCAAGGGCAUUCCAUGUCGACAUAUCUUGGCAUAUCUUAAAAUUACCAAUCAUAGUGAGUUACCGGAGCAAUAUAUUCUAAGAAGAUGGUGUCGAAAUGUCAGAAAAAGGGUUGUUCUUAGAGAUGGUAAUAUUAUUGGAGAUAAUGCCACAAUUAAUUUUGCUUCUCGUUUUAGUGAACUAAAUUGCUUAGCUAAUGAAAUGGUCGAAGAUGGGCUAUCUUCUAAUGAUGCAUAUGAAUUAAUGCGUGAAAUGAUGAUGGGUGCUAUUAAUAAGGUGCAACGUUUGAAACUCAUCAAUGAUGAAGAAAUUGGACAAGAUGUGGAUGAGGAGUGUUCUCAAGAUAUAGUUCAUGAACCAAGUCAAGCAAGAACAAAAGGAAGGCCUAAAGGGAAGAGGUUAAAGCCAUCGAGAGAGAUCCGUAGAUGCCGGCCUAGGAAAUGCAAAAUUGUGUGGAAAAUGAGGACAAAAUCAUGA